CGGAGGAGUGACGCGCGCGCCAGACAGUCACGCGUCUGGAGACCGAAGCAGGGUAACGAAACCGAACUGCGCACACACGCAGCGCGCGGGCCCUCACGCCGCACGCAGGAAGCGCGCGCGCACAGCAUGCGGCGUGAUUCUCGAGCGCGCGCGCGCGCGCACACACACACACACACACAGAGUCGCGCACGCGCGCCGCUCAACCUCACACUAUUUUUCCCUCCCGCCCGUAUAGGCGCACAUGCGCAGUGAUCUCGCUCCGCGUACGCUACGUGCGUUGGGCGGUCCGACGGGUGCUGACGCAGAACGUGGCGGCGGUUUGAAAUCCUGGCGCGGCAGAGCCCUCGCGGCACUCUGCGGUGAUGUCGCUAGUGAGGCCCUUCGAUAAACUCCCGACGCUCAACUCGGCCGCUAUCUUGUUGGUGGGCACGGAUGAAAGGCGGCAGCAGCAGCUAGCAGAGGCAAUUCUUAAGGAGAAAAAAAACUUCAAGAUAAAUAUCCACGUGGCAACCUCCCUCCCUUUACCUGCUGAGAGAGAUCAUGUCCGACCCCGGAUUGACCUGAUUGCCUUUAUGAUUAACAUGCAAAGCAAACACAGUCUUAGGAAUGUUGAAGCUUCACUAUCACACAUAGAUGCCAACUUCUUCCUCGGGAAAGUGUGCUUCCUCAUCACAGGAGUUGGUAGGAUGAAUCACUGCAGCGUAGAAAUGAAUGCUGUCCGGAAACUGGGAAACCUCUACUGCAGCCCUGUCCUAUUCUGUGAGCUGGAUUCUGAAGGAAUCCGAGUUGCAACAGCUCAGCGGCUGCUCCGGAUGUUGCAGAUCUGCGCUGGUCACGUGCCAGGGGUUUCUGCCCUCUUCUUCAGUUCUUUGAUGAAAAGCUCCAUUGAUGAGUAACCUUGAUGUAAAUCCAUUGCCAUUCUUCCUGUCCACACCCUUUGAUGCUGUUUCAAGCUGCAGAAAUAGACUGAAAUGGGAAUCUUGUUGGGAUGCUUUUUCUGUUGAUUUGUAAGGAAGCCAGCUCAUCUCAUGCUGCUGCUUGCUUUUGUUACCUUUACAGGAAAGGCUUGGUUCCUGUUUUGGUGGGUGGUCGCUGGAGCCAUACUAGUGAAUCUCCUUUCCCUCUUAGGUCCCAGUUUGAAUGAGCCCAGUUUGUUAGUGACCAAGAGCUCUGUAGCCUUCUGAAAGCUGUAUGGGAAGUGGGAGAAUGCCACUGUCCUUAGGUCCGUGUGUAUCGUGGCACGUAGGUGUACUUCAGAGGCACAGCAGUCAUGGAGAGCUGCUGCCUGCUCUCUACCUAGUACCAAUGGACUAUUUCACCAGGGAGAAAAUAGGAAAGCAUUAGGAAGAGUUUUGCAAUAUUCAGAUUGAAAUAGGACACUUACCCAAAAAGCCCCUUGAAGGAAGGAAGCCAGUUUAGCAGCCACCAUACAUACAGCAGUUGGGGGAUAUGCAAAGAAAGAUUGGCCCAGCCUUUCUAAUCCCCAAAUAUCUAAGCGAGGGGGCUUAAAAAAGACGGCCCAGCAAUUUGGCUUUUUUUCUUUUUGAAAGAAUGGUCAUCUUUUGUUAUACAGCCCCAGCAAACUGCCUGGCAGGUAAACUCCCCACCUGACUAAUGCGUCUGACAGUCACAUUCAAUGGUAUGCCACUGCAAGUCAAAAAGUUUCCGUAGGACAGAGAGAACACUAGAGCAUCAGAGGAGGAGGGGGAGUGUUGAUAGUCCAGGCGUGUGAAUGGGGGCAUGGAUUUGCUCAGUGCAGUGGUGAACGUGUCUAUUACACAGAAAAGUGCAGAAGUCACUUUUCAAUGAGUUUUAUUAUUAGUUCUAAAAGUAAAGAUCCAUAAUAUGGUUCCUCUCUAACAGAGUUUGAUUUCAAAGGGCCUAACUUUCAGAAUUACUGAGUGCCUCUGAAAAUCAGGCCCUUAAUCUGCCUUCCUCCAGCUUUCUUGGCUCUUGGGCCAUCUCUGCUCUUUCUUCACAGGUGGAAAGGUUUAAUGUGGCUAACCUGGCUAUAAAUAUGCUGCAUACCGUGUUUUUCUUACAGAUUGGAUAUGCCUGUAAACUUGCACUGUGCAUAUAAACCCCAAAGUCAGACUCUACUUGUCAAGACACAAAUAGCAGUAAUUAUACUGGGAAUACACCAUGAAUCUGAUACGAUGUGCUGGAAUAUUAAGUUAAUAAAAUGUGUAAUAUAAAAACUA